UCGCUCGCUCUCUCUCCCCAGAUCGAGGCUGCUCGGGGCUUUUCUCCCCCUCCUUUCCCCCCUCCCCACCUUUCGCGCCGCGCCCUCGGGUCCCCUGCCCCAGCUCGCCGCGGGACCUCGGAGGUCGAAGGUUCUGGCCCUCCGGCGCCCCUCGCUGCCCCUUCGCGCGCUCCCCGCGCUCCUCCCGCAAAGCUCCGGGCGGCUCGGCGAUGGACCGCCCGCCCACCGGGCGCUGAAGGCAUCCUCGGACCCGGAGCGCAGCCCGGGAAAGAAACGCACAGAAGUAUUGAUGAGUAGAUCCUUGGAUUCAGAGGUUUGGUUGAACUGCACCAUACUUGCUUUCUUCUCUUGCUCUGGAAGACUGUGAAUUGCUCAUGCCUAGAGAGAGGAAGGAUGGCACAUGGGAUUCCUUCUCAAGGCAAAGUUACCAUAACGGUGGAUGAGUACAGCUCGAACCCCACCCAGGCGUUCACACACUACAACAUCAACCAGAGCAGAUUCCAGCCGCCUCAUGUACAUAUGGUCGACCCCAUCCCAUAUGACACUCCAAAACCAGCGGGCCACACGCGGUUUGUCUGCAUCUCAGACACACACUCCAGAACAGAUGGUAUCCAGAUGCCUUACGGGGACAUCCUUCUCCACACAGGCGAUUUCACCGAGCUGGGACUGCCCUCCGAGGUUAAGAAGUUUAAUGACUGGUUAGGAAACCUGCCCUAUGAAUAUAAAAUAGUGAUUGCUGGGAAUCAUGAACUGACAUUUGACAAGGAAUUCAUGGCAGACCUUGUUAAACAGGACUACUACCGUUUCCCCUCUGUGUCCAAAUUGAAACCAGAGGACUUUGACAAUGUUCAAUCCCUCCUGACAAACAGUAUUUACUUGCAAGAUUCGGAGGUAACAGUGAAGGGAUUCAGGAUAUACGGUGCACCUUGGACCCCGUGGUUUAAUGGAUGGGGCUUUAACCUACCCAGAGGUCAGUCUCUGUUGGACAAGUGGAAUCUCAUUCCUGAGGGCAUCGACAUUCUCAUGACACACGGACCUCCUCUAGGUUUUCGCGACUGGGUUCCAAAGGAACUUCAAAGAGUGGGUUGUGUGGAGCUGUUAAACACAGUCCAGAGGCGAGUGCGCCCCAAGCUACAUGUGUUCGGUGGGAUUCACGAAGGUUAUGGCAUCAUGACUGACGGUUAUACGACGUACAUCAAUGCUUCAACAUGUACAGUCAGCUUUCAACCUACCAAUCCUCCAAUUAUAUUCGACCUACCAAACCCACAGGGUUCCUGAAUCUCUAAACAUCCUAUUGGAAUGUGACAGAAGGUCUACAAACUGCCAUUUUUCUAAAUAUAAACUUACAUUCUCUUACUCAUUUAUUUCUAAAUCCUGUGAGUUCUUUUUGUAAAUUGUUGGAACAAAAUAUGAUGCUAGAGGUUGUGCUUCUUCUUUAUUAUUAUUUUUUAAAUGGGGCCUCCAUUUGAAAUCAAAGGAGCAUUGUGAAUUUGUAAAAUGACUUCUGUUUUCUCAAAGGCCACGCCAUUGUAAAUUGUUAGUGUUCGCCAAAGGACAGCCAAGCUUUCUUUUAAAAAGUGAUUUUUAAAAAAGUCUUAUUUUAAUAUGCUUUAAGCUGGAAGAAAAAGAAAAAGAAAAAAAAAAGACCAGGAGGUAGGCAGUGUUUUAAAACCAUCCAGAUUUGCACAGUUGUUUGAAGUCUUUUAUUUUUUAAUAUUUUGUUGUUGUUGUUGUUGUUUUCCUGGUAAUGCUUCAUUAUGCAGAUGAGGCCCCAACUAAGAGCAAUCUUCUCAACAGAAGGAGCUCUAGGAAAGCCUUCUCAUCACAUUCCCUCUGUAAAGAAGACUGUCAAGAGAAGAAGACAGCCCUCAUUCAAGGGAUGACUUAGCUAGUGAGAUCUUAGUCAUGGUUAUACAAGGUCUCAUUGUUUGUUUGUUCCUUUUAAAUUAUUUUAGCUUUAAAAAUAUGGAAAUUGAAUCUGUCAAAAGCAGGUAUUUCAUGCAGUAAAAAAAUGAGCGUGCCGACUCAUAUGGGUUUAUAUAUAUAUAUAUAAGUAUUUUUUGUGUAUUAUGACUAAGUUAGGAGUUUAAUAUUGCCAAGGACAGUACAACUGCAAAGGAGUGCUGUUCAGCAGCACAUCAGAAGUCUCAAAGAACUGACGCAUUUCUCAGAACUCAAGGUCUUAAAGAGCUUGAGUUGAAUCUAGGUACAGUUACAAGUGUGUAUAGACUUAAAUGGAUGCAAUGGAAGCUAACUAAAAUAAGGCUUAGUUGUCCUUUCUAUUUAAAUACCCCAAAUUGUCUUCUUACUGCCUCUCCCCUUCCCAUUUUGCACUGUGUGUUGAUGCAAUCUUCACUAGCACAAAAUAUUGUCGCUAAUAGUCCUUUCUGUUUUCCCAUUGUAAAUGCUGUUGAGCUUUAUUCUAUUUUAUGUUAUCUCAAAAUUUAGGAAAGCAGUUGUUUUCUUUAAAUUUAUUGUGAUAUUCUAUAUCUAGCGGCCUUUAUAUGCAAAUAAAAUUGCAAGAUUUUUAAA